AGUCGCAGCGACCUGCUUGGCUGCGGUAUCUGAAGCAACAAGCGACACACACCAGUCAUGGAAGACCAGCGCUAUCCCGUCUGUAUCACAGUUACUGGAGCCAUGCACAAGGAAGCAAAAAUUCUGUUCAUCAUAUCCGUGCUCUGGUCCGAUAAAUGUGACAUCACUGUCUACAGGUCCUAUAAGCAGUUCAAGACGCUACAUAAACGGCUGAAGAAAGUGUUCUCACAGGAUAAUCCGUUUCGUAGAUCAGAGAAAGUCCUCCCAAGAUUCCGAGUAAGGAGCUUAAACCAAAAACUGACAAACAAGACUCUCAAGUCGAUGUUUGGUCUGAGGUUUUUGCAAAACUACUGCGACGAUCUGCUCACGUGUGAGUCAAACGUUGUGCAGAAUGCGGAGUUAAUCGACUUCUUCUCUCCGAAGAGUCACGACCUGCAGCCAGACUUUGCACAGAACUGCGUCGUCAUCAUGCCAUUCGGAAGCACCGAGGCAGACAGUGGUAAACAGACCGGCGUGGGCAACAUAACACAGCCUUUUGUGCCUGAGACAUACCGCUGCGUGGCUACAUAUGAGACCAAGGAUAUCAAAAACAGGCCCUUCAAGGUGGAGGAGGACGAGAUGGUUGAGGUGUUCAUCAAAGACAAAGGGGGAUGGUGGCUGGUGGAAAACAAUGAGAAGCAUGUGGCCUGGUUCCCUGCCCCUUACCUGGAGAAGUGUGGGGAGGAAGAGGAGGAAGAGGAGGAAGAGAAGGAGGAGGUGGAAGUGGACAGCUCAUCCAAUAAGACAGGCAGGCUGUUCCGCGUGGUCAGGAGCUACACGCCGGAACACGAUGAUGAGCUUGCAGUCAGCAUCGGUGCCUUGGUGCAGGUGCUGCAGAAGCCUAAAACCGGCUGGUGGCUCGUCAGAUACCGCGGGAGGACGGGCUACGUGCCCUGCCUGCACCUGCAGCCGUGCUCAGACAUCCCCUUCCUGACGGUGCCUGGGGGCGGCAUGAAAGCGGCCCGCAGCCUGGAGCAGCUCCGCCUGCCCCAGGGCUCAUCUCCAGGGGCCAGCCCUCAAGCGUCCCAUUCGCAGGGCAACUUGUUGGAGAUCAGGAGUGCCCCCCCCUCGCCCAGGCUCUGCAUCUGGGAAGCCAAGGACACGUACAGCAUCUCCCUGGCCGGCAGCACCGAUGAUGUCUCCCUGGCCGGCAGCACCGAUGAUGUCACCCUGGCCGGCAGCACCGAUGAUGUCUCCCUGGCCGGCAGCACCAAUGAUGUGUCUCUGGGCAGCAGCACCGAUGAUGUCUCUCUGGGCAGUGGCUGUGAUGUCAUAAAGCCACCCCCUCCCGCAGGCUCCACCCUCCCUGCCUGGGCACAGACCACACCACCAAGGGUUCCGCCUCGGCCCUUCACCCACGAGGUCCUGACACGCUGCAGCACGGUGACGCGCCGGGCCAUUCUGGAUAGCCCCACCACCACCACCUCCCCUGGGGACAUAUAAGGGCGGAGGCUGUGGCUCAGGGCAGAGCCCACGGGCAUGUUGUCUGCUCACCUUGCUUACCAUCCACUGCUGACCGUAAACAUUCAUUUGAGAAUGUCCUUGGACACGCCUACUUUCCAUGAAUAUGAAUCACAGGGUCGAUCAUAGGGACCCAGCAGGGAGACAUAUACAGAUCCCGCUGCCUGUAGUGCCACUGAUGCCCUGAGGAGCCCAUCACACCCCUGCCGCUGCCAGCAAGGUGCUGCGGGGCUGUUCCUGCCCACACCCCUGGCCCAUGAGGGGCGUCUUUGCUAGUCCCCUGUCGGCCUGCCCAGUGCUCUGAUCUGAAAUAUCCAUUCUGUGAUGGAUCAUAUGAGAGCUGCUGUUAAAGUGUUUCCGUGUCAGUAAGGUCUGUCACUUUAUACCUUUAAAUCUUCAUAUUAUAUAUUUAUAUAUAUAUACACACACAUAAAUAUCAUGUGUGUGUAGAAUUUGCACCAUAUUAACCAGAACGCUACUUUGUUUGUAGUUUUUUCUUUUUAAAUCUAAUCUUUUUUUUAAUAGACAUUUGCUGAUUUUUACAUAUGUAUUCUUGACUGCAGAGGAAUGUCUUAGGAGAGGUUAGCUGAGCUGAAUCUGUUCAGCCUCGUGCAAAUGAGACUAAGGGGGGACAUGAUCCAAGUGUAUAAGAUUCUAACAGGUCUGGAUGCUGGUCAACCAAAU